AUGCAACACCAGCGCGCAUUGCCAGGCCCAGAGUGGCCGCCGGGCACCGUCUCCGCCGCCACGCUACCACUGCCCGCCGCAUGUGGCAAGCACACCGCGCUGCGCUGCCAUGUCGCUGGAGAGGUGGUGGCUGCCUCGUCAAAGUCCAAGCGGCUGCUCUUCUUCUCGGUCCGCGAGGCACCCGACGAGAACGGCGGUGGCGGCGGCGUCAACGGCGGCGGCGGUGGCGGUGGCGGCGAGAGUUACGGCACGAGCGGUGACGCGAAUGGCGGUGCGGCGGCGCCCGUACCUUGGAUGUGCCUCGCAAAGGCCGCGGACGGCUUCCUGUCGGCCGAGCAGAUUGCGGAGCUGGCUGCGCGGCUGCAGCGCGGCACCACCAUCUGCCUGCUCGCCUACCCCGAGCUGGCGGCGGCGGCGGGAGGAGAGGCGGCGACCGCCGUAGCCGGCGAUGCAGCCGUGGCGCGAAGGGCUUCCGACGGCCGCGAGAUCUGGCGAGGCCGGUUGCACGUCGUCUCUUACUACGUCGGGAAGGCGCACGGGGCCGUGCUGCAAGAGCCUCUCUCCUCCGCCUGCUCUCUACUGCCGCCGCCCGCAGCAGCUCCGGGCUGCGGCGCAGGCGAGGAGAGAGGCGGGGGAGGAGGCGACAACGGCGGCGAUAGUGGCGGCGGUGGCGACGGCGGAGGUGGCGGAGGCGGCGGAGGCGGCGGCGGCGAGGGCGGCCGCCGUGCGCAGAAGAAGCUGACGGGCGAGGGCCCGGCCCGCGUGCGGCCAAAGAACGGCGCGCGACACCAG